AUGGGCAGCCGUUCUCUAGAGAAGGCUGAGAACGCGAUCGCGAAGCUGCAGAAAGAAUGCCCCGAGUCGAGGAACAUAGUGGAAGCCGUCAAAGUUGAUGUCACAAGCGAUGACUCGAUCCAGGCAGCCUUUGCCAAGAUCAGUAGCAGUCCGGGUCACAUUGAUACGCUUAUCAAUAAUGCUGGAGCGACGUUUGACUUGGAGUUCGUCGCCGGCAGGGUCUCCUUGCGCGACUGCUUCAUGAGGGCGUACGAUGUCAAUGUCGCUGGAACCAAUGUUUUGACCUGGACAUUCAUGCCCCUGCUGUUGAAGUCUUCCGACCCUCGCUUGAUCUUCGUCACGGGCCUCUCCAACGUCACACAGGCCAGCAAAUCGUACUUCCCAACACCACCUCAACCGGCAGGCUGGCCCAAGCAGAUCGAGUUCGAGACCAUCGGUUAUCGCUGCAGCAAGACGGCGUUGAACAUGUUGAUGGUCGAUUGGAACCACAAGUUGAAGGCUGAUGGGGUGAAGGUGUGGGCUGUAGGCCCGGGGAUGCUGGAAACGGACCUGGGAAAUGCGAGGUGGUUGGCAAAGAAGAUGGGAGCAAAGCCUGCGCAUAUCGGCGGGCAGUUCAUCAGGAGCGUUGUGGAGGGGGAGAGAGAUGCUGAUCUUGGGAAGAUCAUUGUGAAAGAUGGAAUCUCAGAGUUUUGA